AUGCAUUGGAAAGGACUGCGUCUCGUGGCCGAUGGCAAGAGGCAGAGCAGCAUUGAGCCCCAAGCCCAAUCCCGUCGCAGUGAACACCUUCCUCGUCCCUAUCCCCCCGCCGAACCUAGACUAUCCGAGUCAAUCCCCCGCUCUGGCCUAUCAGACAGCCCGGUGAAUACAGGGCUUCAGGUACCGGAUGACAAUGGGUCAAACCAUGGGGAAGCUCCGUCGGACUUUGCAGGACCAUCCUCGGGGGACCGUCCCAGCUUACGCCACAAGCGAUUCAGCUUCAUGAGACUACGACAUGCAUCCGACCCCCAACUAUCCAAGUCUUACGUUAAAGCGGGCCAGAGCACUCCCCCCGUCCCUUCCUUACCUCCUCCGAAGAUCAUUACGACCGCCCCGACUAGUCACGAGCUCGAUCAGCCCGUGAAACAAAGACCCAAGCUCAGCUUUCGACCAUCGUCUCGAAAACAGUCCAUGGAGGAUAUGUCUCGGAAAUCAAUGGAACAACCCGCCAAGCCUCGUAGGAGAGGCCACGGAUCAACCGAUUCCCAGAUACCCGACUCGACACUUUCCAUGUCCCAGAGUAUUAGCGAAGAGCCUGGACGCUUAUCAACCAACUCACUUCGGAGCGGAAACCCGCAGCCCACCGACUCCCAGCGCUCGUCGGUGAUUGAUCCCCGGUUUUCCGAAUCGUCUCGAUCAGACCAGAGUUACGGUGACCAGGCGAUCCCCCGCAGCGUUUCCCCUCGUGAGGGUCAAAGUGCCAACACCUCAAAGCGAUUCCGUAUGCCCCGCUUGAAACGCAACCGCACCCCUCUCUUUCCUUUACCCCCCAAAGUCUCCCACUCGGCUGGAGGUGCGGAUAAUCGACCGAAGUUUCCUCCAGUAGAUACACCAAAAUCCGAGACCUCAGAUGCCCAAGACCAAAUUUCACCAUUACCCUCGCCAUCUCGUUCCACUGUGGGACUCGCUGCCUCGAGUGUACCACCACUAUAUCGAAAUGAUUCAACGAAUUCCGCUCGAUCAGUUCGAUCCAACCCCUCGUUUAAGAACCGAGGACGUUCGUCUACCAUGGGAUCGCUGGCCGAGAACCAGGACGACUUGUCCGUACCCGCAUAUUUGGCAUCUUCGGCGCGCACCUCUACUUCGACCAGUGGCCGCAAGAGUUUCAGUGAUAUGUUCAAUAUCACACAGCGAUUGAGGCAAAACUCCUCCCCACCCGCACCUCGUCAUGGUUCCCCCGCGAUAGGUGGUGCCUCCACCCCUAUCAAGCAAGAGCUACCGGCAAUCCCGAAACGGGAAGAAGACGAUACACCCGCUUCAUAUCUGACACGUUUGGAAGAGACUCUACCCCGUGGCAUGAUUGCGGGUGUUCUUGCUCAAUCAGAUGAGGAAUUCUACAAGAUUUGUCUCCGGAAAUACAUGAGAACCUUCUCAUACUUCGGUGACCCACUCGAUAUGGCAAUCCGUAAGCUUUUGAUGGAAGUCGAGCUUCCAAAAGAAACACAGCAGAUUGAUCGUUUCGUGCAAGCAUUCGCUGACCGCUAUCAUGAAUGCAACCCAGGCAUCUUCACAGCUCCGGAUAACGCAUACUUUAUUGCAUUCUCACUUUUGAUUCUUCACACCGACGUCUUCAAUAAGAACAACAAACGCAAAAUGCAGAAGGCGGACUAUGUCAAGAUAAGCCGGAGUGAAGGAAUCUCGGAAGACAUCCUCGAGUGUUUCUAUGAGAACAUCUCUUACACUCCGUUCAUUCGUGUCGAAGACGCCAAUAUGCCUGACCGUCACUUGGCGAAACCACGUCGUACUCUAUUCAAAAGUACUAGCUCCGAAAAUCUGGCCCGGAUUGCUCGGGAGCCUGUUGAUCCAUAUUCUCUUAUUCUGGAGGGAAAAUUGGGAUCCCUGCGACCCAGCUUGAAGGAUGUCAUGGAUCUGGAUGACACAUACAAUCAUUUUGGAACCGCUGGGCCACCAGACAUGGAGGCUCUUCACCUGGCUUUUACCAAGUCUGGAAUCUUGCAGAUCAUCUCUCUUCGCUCUCGUCCUGACGCGUUCAUGCCGGCUAGCUUGGAUAGUCCGCUCGACUCGAAUCCUGGUCUGGUAGAUAUCAAAGUCGCCAAGGUCGGCUUGCUUUGGCGGAAAGACCCGAAGAAGAAGAAGGCCAGGUCACCCUGGCAGGAAUGGGGUGCAAUUCUCACAUUCUCUCAGCUCUAUUUCUUCCGUAAUGUGACCUGGGUGCGCACACUCAUGGCACAGCAUGAUGCAUAUGUCAAGAAUGGCCGUCGGGGGACACUUGUUUUCAAGCCACCCCUUGCUGAGUUCAAGCCGGACAACAUCGUGUCGACUGGUGACACGGUUGCACUUCUAGACUCGAGUUAUAAAAAGCAUAAACAUGCAUUUAUGUUUGUUCGGCACAAUGCGUUGGAGGAGACAUUCCUUGCCGACUCUGAGCCUGAGAUGAAUGACUGGCUUGCACAUCUCAACUAUGCUGCAGCCUUCAGGACCACUGGUGUGCGCACCAAGGGCAUGAUUGCCACGAAUUAUGAAGGCCAACGAUACCGCAGGAGUCAGCGAUUAGGCUCGAGAUCUUCACAAAAGUCUCACCUGUCGACGGACAUGGAGCCUCCCUCUCCCAGCAUAGACACCGACGUGUUUGCCGAAUUCGUUGCUGCGCGGCGAGAAUUGAUGAGUGAGAAGAUUCGAGAAAGAAACGAAAAGCUUUCCACGUUACAAAAACAACUGGACGAUCUUUUACAAAAUGCCCGACAUUUGCAAGUGCUCACUCCUCUUCACGCUCGGGCCCGCGAGAACGUCAUCAUGGCUGCAGGCCGCCUGUCUGCCAAGAUCAAAUGGGUGCGACAGGAUAUCUGGCGCAGCAAAUGUUAUCGGCAGGUUCUCCUGCGAGACCUGGGAGAGGAUGAAGAGGCAGUGGAGAGCAGGGUCGGGUCGGUCGCUGAACCAAGGCCAUCCCAGUCAGACGGAGCACGCAUUGCCUCUCUUUCCGGUCCAUCCGUUGCAUCAGAGCAUAGUGUGGGAAAACCAAGUAGCAUUGUGCACACCGUCUCUAGCGUUGAUAUCCCUGAGCCUAAUGUGGCCCAACCCGAGCAACCUUUGGAGGCCGGACUGCUGGCUAAACCUUCAAAUGACGAAACGCGUCGUCCUAGUAUCCCGGGGUCUGUCACUUCGGCUGACAUUGCUCGUGUCGGCCGUCGCCGCUCUGCUGUGGUCAUCCCCGAACGUGCCAAGUCAUACUCGCCCGAUCCAGUGACCCUUAAACUCGAACGGGAAUCUUCAGUCCUCAGCCGUGUCAGCCGGUGGGAUGGAGCUAGUAUGGCGUCUCGUACAUCGAAACUCACAUCGCACGCGAGCCUUGAUGAUGGCGAGGAGCGCGCUCUAAGGGAAGCUGGUCUAUUGGAGCUACCGGAGUCCCCGUCAGCGCGCAAGGAUGAAGAGAUUGCCCCUGACGCAAUCCCCGGUAAAGACACCGAGGGUGAGACAAAUGCAAACGAUAAGAGCGACAAACCGAGUCGCGUCCGUCGCAGCCUUCAUCGCACCCUUCGUGAUUCGCAUACUCAUAGAAACCGCUCCCAUCCAAAGAAAAAACGGGGCUCAGUGUCUAGCCUUGGACAGGAGGAGGACGAUCGCCUCUCCGGCGAUGGAGAAAUUCUUCCUCGCAAGGCUCCCAGUUUCACUGUACAUGGCAAGAAAGCAUCCAUUGUCACAUUCGGGUCUGAAUGGCAGAACAUGCCCCCGGAAGAGCGCCUCAAGCUCCGCAAACCCACCCCUCACGAAGAGCCACGAGGGUCUGAUCUUGCUAUAUUGGGCAGCGACGAAUCGAUUAUGACCGAACGCAGCCCGGAACGUCACUCGGUGCGCAGACCGAGCACCAACACUGGUCUAAGUGUGCGCACCGACGAUCUGGCAGAGUUCCAGGAUACACAGGAAGAGCAACCGGAAGAUGACAUCGGAAGCCCCGGUUCCCCAGUGAUUACCUCGCUCCCGAAUGAUACAGACCCUCUCGAUACCGAACAUACUCCCCGUCCCCCUACAUCCGCAAUGUACAACAGCCAUCUUUCCGCAUCAAGACACGACGGCUCUCCUUCCCCCUCCUCCACAUCUAUCAACGAGCGAAUCGUUGAUAAGCCAUCCAGCGAAAACCUACGCGAGCAGGCCGUAGGCGCCUGA